AAGAAAGAAAGAGUUUCAAUAGGGGAGUGAUAAGCAAGAAAACUGAAGCCUGGAAAUGACAAGUGACUUGUCCAACAUUGGACAGCUUUUUCCAGAAUUGUUUAGCUUCUUCAGUUGAGAGCUGGAAUUCUGGUCUCUUGGGACUCAGUCCUUGAGUUCUGCCACAAGUUUACAUGAACUCACCACACCAAUCAAGGCAUUUAAGUGCUUUUUUUUUUUUUGGUCUUUUCAGGGCCGCACUGGAGCCAUAUGGAGGUUCCCAGGCUAGGGGUCUAAUCGCAGCUGUAGCCUCUGGAUUACACCACAGCCAGAGCAACGCCGGUUCCUUAACCCACUGAGCAAGGCCAGGGGUCGAACCCCAAACCUCAUGGUUCCUAGUUGGAUUUGCUUCCGCUGGGCCACGACGGGAAUUCCGGCAUUUAAGUGCUUUAUUAAAUCAUCCGGCGUGUUUCAAUCUACUGUCUUAUUCUCGUUAUGUCAACCAUUUUUGGAAUCACUUCAAGCAAUACGUCACCAAGUAUAGCUCACAGCAUAUAAAAUCUGUCAAAAGCCUUGGAAAAUCAGAAUUAAAGUCGACAAAUAGUCCGGAUAAGUAUGGCUGGAAGAGAAACACAGGUGGGUUCGGGGAACGAAAAGACGAGGAACUGUCGGCAGGAAAAUUUACACUCCCCAAAGCAGGGAAAAGGUCAAUGGGCCACGUAAUAUCUACUCUUCUUGCCCACUGAGAGGCCCAACACACAGCGACAUCUGGGGAGGAGAUACCUAAGGCAUUCUGACAUUCAGGGACGCACCCCCGCUGCUGGGUUAAACAGCCCAGCAAUCUCCUCGGAAAGCACACAGGAAACGCCGAAGUCCGAAAAGCGGCAGCGGACCGGAGCUCGACCCUGUGCCACACUCAAUGCCGCCUGCCGGAAACGGUCUCCCUGCGACAAGAGGUCCCAGGGUAUGCCGGGAAGCGGCGAGAAGAGUCUUCGGGUAGGACCACACCUGGUCCCUGCCAGGGCAACGCAGUACCCUCUCUCACGACCUGACCAAAACGGCCCCCUAAGGAAGAGAGACAGAGCCACCUCUGUUCCCUCUGGAGUAACGGUCCCUUGAUUUCUAGCCGGACUGUUUUGGGAGGUGCCCCGGAUCUUGUUUCCGGUGGCAGAGAGGCGCAGUUGCCAUGGUAAUUAAAGGACAGCAGAGAACCUUUUUGCUGCGGUGAGAUGAUCGCGGAGUUGGUGAGAAGUGGCUGCGUUUCCUCGUUUGUGACCCGCAAUUAGUUAUUUUCUAAUAGAAUGGCCAUCAGUCCAGGAAAUGAUGCAGCCUUCUCCAGUCAGAAGUCAACGCUUUCAGAGAGCUCCCGAUCAAAGAAAUUUCCACUAACCGAAGAGGAGUUAUUUUAUAUGAAUUGUAGAGCUGCCUACUUAACUGUCUUCAAAAGCAGCUUAGAUAACAUUAUUUCUAAAGAUCAACUUUACCUAGCUCUUCAGCAUGCAGGAAGAAAUCCAUCCCAAAAGACCAUUAAUAAGUAUUGGACUCCUCAAACUGCCAAACUCAAUUUUGAUGAUUUUUGUAUAAUUUUAAGAAAGGAAAAACCUACUUCAAAAGCAGAAUUGCUAAAAUCAUUUAAGCAAUUAGAUGUAAAUGAUGAUGGCUGUAUUUUACACACUGAUCUUUAUAAACUUUUAACAAAGAGAGGUGAGAAGAUGACUCGAGAAGAAGUAAAUGCCAUAAUAAAUUUGGCUGAUGUAAAUGCUGAUGGCAAAUUUGACUACAUUAAGUUUUGUAAAUUAUAUAUGACAACCAAUGAACAAUGUCUCAAAACUGCACUAGAAAAAUUGGAGGUUGACAGUAAACUGAGGCGUCAACAGUUUGGAAGCCACAUUGAAGGGUCCCCUGAAAGGGGCCCAUCGCCAGUACCAAAACCAUCACCUAGAAUCAUAAGAAAAACUGAUCAAGAAUCAUUCUCAAAUAAAGGUGACACCAGGAGCUCUCUACUGGCAACAACUAGAAAGUUCAAAACAUCUGUUUCCUUCACAAUUACCAUGGGUGCUAAUAGUAAUCAAAACUCAAAGUUAACUGAGCCAAACUCAAUAAAGGAAUGGCAAUGUGUACAGUCAAAAGGUUGCUUUUUCUUGGAAGAAGAUGGUGAAAUCAUUAGUCAUCAGUAUAGGAUGCAAAUAGCUCAGAGAUCCAUGGUUUACCUGACAAUUAAGCCAUUAAACCUGAGUCAAGCUGAAGGAAAACCAUCCCCUUGGUUAUCAGUUGAUACUGCCUUGUAUAUUCUUAAGGAGAGUGAGAAUCAGGCAAAUCUACAGCUCAUGUGUUUUACUGAACUACAAAAUAGAGAGAUGUUUGGGUGGACUGGUGAACUAGGACCUGGAAUUUACUGGUUAAUUCCUUUCACAACUGGCUGUAGGCUAAGGAAAGAAAUAAAACCAAUAACAGAAGAAGCCCAACUUGUAUAUAGAGAUGAAACAGGGGAAUUAUUUCUUACAAAGGAAUUUAGGUCAACUUUAUCAGAUAUAUUCGAAGUAAUUGAUUUAGAUGGAAAUGGUCUUCUUAGCCUUGAAGAAUAUAAUUUUUUUGAGUUGAGAACAAGUGGUGAGAAAUGUGAUGAAGAUGCUUGGGCUGUCUGCAGAGAGAAUUUUGAUACAAAGAAGAAUGAACUAACAAGACAGGGCUUUAUGGAUCUGAAUCUAAUGGAAGCCAAUGAUCGAGAAGGAGAUCCUCGUGACGUUUGGGUGACUCUGCACUCUAUGGGCUACAAUAGAGCUCUGGAACUGACAGAGGCGUGCCCAUUUGUCAUAAAUAUCUAUGCAGACAAAUGCAAGCCAAGAAUUAAAGUUGUCCAUAUGGAGGCAUGCAGUGGGCAACUUGAGAAGGCCAUUUGUAAAUCUGUUGUUAACAAAGGCGAUGCCAAAGUAAUGGAUGGCUACGAAAAUGUAAUUGUGCACACUUACAAGCGUGACACCUGGAUAACAUCAGUUAUUGAAAAUAAGUCAGAUAAUAAAGUGAUUAUUCACAUCAACAAUGAGCUGAGUAAAAACUGCAUAAACAACAGAGGACUCGACAUAUUUGCAGUAGAAGUGGCACCAAAAUCUACAAUGGUUUGUCAACACGUAAUGCCUCUGAAUGAACGACAAGAAUGGAUAUAUUAUUGUGUGUAUUCCCUUAUAUUGUAAACACUAUUUUUUGGAAAUAAUUUUGCUUUAGACUAUCAAACCAAGAAAAAUUAUUUCAAGUUUAGUCUUUUCCUUUUUGAUCAACUAAAUGCUAAUCAAUUUAACUGAUGUAUAUAAAUAAGUCUAUUUAAUUUGCAUGUAUUUACAUUUCAUGUCCAUAUUAUAUACUUUAUUAUUAAAAUAGAAAUUUUUAA